CAAACUGAAAACCAAAACAGUAGUCAAACAAACAAACAGACACACACAACUAGAGAAAAAGAAGUCCUCACAUGCUUCUAACUUCCUCUUCCUCGUAUUUAAAUUCCCUCUCUCUCCGACUGUCCCUUCACUAUACAAAACGACAUGUCGUCUGAAAUCUCGUCGACGAGAAGCACAGCAACAACAGCCCUGAGCGAGAUUUCCGAGGCCGACUCCACCUUCCGUCUUGGCCUCGAUCUCGUCUCCGCGGCCAGACGGAAUCUCUCCUUCCUCAGAGCCGUCUCCGACUCCCACUGGCUUCACCACAAACCAACUCUUCUCGAGGCCAUUCGAAGGUACAAUGAGCUCUGGAUGCCGUUGAUCGCUGAUCUGACGGUGGGGUCGUGUUCGACGGGUUCUGCUCCUCCGUUGAUUCUCCCACCCGUUGAUGUGGAGUGGGUCUGGUUCUGCCACACGUUGAAUCCGGUUCGUUAUAGGGAAUACUGUGAAUCGAAAUUCUCGAAACUCAUCGGAAAACCUGCGAUUUUUGGCGAAGAGAAUGAGGAGUACGCAUUAAUGAGGUGCAGAGAAAUCUGGGUGAGGAAGUACCCGAAUGUGCCGUUUGAGAAUGAAGUGGAUUCGGGUUUUUCCGACCCGGUUAUGGUCGAUGGAGAGCUGUUUAUGGAAGUGAGCAAGCAGAGAUAUUUGUACUCCAAAUUCUCAGAGCCGUACAGGUCGGAGGUUGUGUAUCUGAUAGCUGCAAGGCAACGUUACAAAGAGUUUCUCUAUCUGUUGCAGUUGCAGAGGUCUAGUGCAGUUUGUUGUCGUUUGGUUCCUGCCUCGGAUAUUCUUCUUAUGUGGCUCAUCCAUCAAAGUUAUUCAACAGUAUAUGCAGAAGAUUUGAAAGAGAUGGAUAGUGAUAUGGGGAAGGUGGUGAGUGUAUGGGAAACAGUUAGCAAAAGAGAGGUGGAAGAGACCAAGAACCUUUGGGAGACAACAUUUGAUCAACCAUAUGAGAAAGCCGGUGGAGAAAUUGGCUUCAACUUUAAUGGGGUUGUACCAGUCAAGCCUCCAGUUUUCUGGGAAGUAUCAGAUAUGGAUGUCAAUAGCAAAUACAAGUCUAUGCUACCUAGAUUCUUACUUGAGGUCUGUGUGUUCGUGAGACUCAAGACUGAAAUGAAUGUGAUGCAAGAGGAUGCAAAACCCGAUGUGCUUCGUCUCCGAAUGGUAAGGUGUCAUCGGGAGUUGAAGCUUGAUCAAACAGUUUCCAACUUCAACAAAUCAUGGCGGAAAGCUUGGCAUCUCUACUGCGAGUUCGGAACCAAGGGAGUUGUAGUUGAGCUUCUCAGGCUCGGUGGGUAUUGCUUCAAAGCAAGUACCGUUGAAGAAACGGUUUUCUUCCGCUGGAAUGACUUGAUUAGAGCUCCCUCUCUAUCCUUGCAAAGAAAAAUUGAUCAACAAGUGAAGAUCAUUGCUUCAAUAACUCCUCCGGUUCAAGCACCAUACUUGUUAAAAUGCGUUCCCGACCGUGUUACAGAUGAUUCUGGCGCAAUGGUGUCAGAUGUGAUUCUCCGAAUGAAUCAGUAUCGUCCCCAAGAAGGCCGGUGGUUGUCGCGCUCGGUUCUUGAUCAUGCUGGAAGAGAGUGUUUUGUUGUUCGAAUGAGGGUGGGAGGUGGAUUUUGGAGAAGAGGAGGUGAAGCUCCAUCAGCUGUGAAAUGGGAAGAUAGAAUUAUAGAGAUUCGAGAAGGUUCAUGGUCUUAUGUUGCUGGUUCCAUUGGUAGAGCCCCUGAGAAGGUGGUAGGAACAGCAACACCAAAAGAACCAUCAGAACAAUGGAAAGCUGCAUGGCAAUUUUCGACCGGAGAUGAGUUGAUGGUUCGGUGGGAAGCAUCGACUUCAAUAUCAGGCCUGAGUUUCUGUUUGAGAAACCAAGCUGCAGAAUUAACGGUGAAGCUGUUGAAAGGGCGGAAAAUGCAAUAUCAAGUGAAGAAAGUUGAGCCACGGGGCUCCAAUGGAGAGUACCGAAACGGGGAAGAAGAGAAAGAGGAAGACGACGAGGAAGAGGAGGGCUUCUUGACCCUUGUUCGGUUCACAGAUGAUGACCCCGAUGGAAGAGCAACGGCUCUUCUGAACUGGAAGCUAUUGGUAGUCGAAUUUAUGCCCGAAGAAGAUUCCGUUUUUGUGCUUCUUUUGUGCACUUCAAUACUAAGAAGUAUAUCGGACAUGAAAAAGGAAGACAUGGGAAGUUUGUUGAUCAGAAGAAGAUUGAAAGAAGCAAGACUUGGUAGCAGGGACUGGGGUUCAGUAGUACUACACCCUUUUUCGAGUUCUUCAUCUACUUCACCAUAUCUUCAACCUUGGUAUUUAAACGCUAAGGCAGUUAUGGUAUCAGAUGUUGCAGACCGGACCAUAAAGCCUCCGAGAUUAAGUUACUCGCCAGAGGAAGGUAGUGAUCAGCUAUACAAACGAGGGAUAUUUACAUGAGUACAUAUGUGAGCAAAAUUUUGUUUGCGUAAUCUGCUGAUUACUUCUGUUGAAUUAAACUAUUUUCAUUAGUUGCGUAAUUUUUUUCUAUUGUUGCUUUGCUGGCAUGUGAUCUAUCUGCAUGUGCAGCUUGCAGAGAGAUGCUACAUCUAAUUUUAUUUUAGAAGUUUGUAAUUAACUCUUUGUCCUGUAGAUUGUUGUUUAAGACCGGAUGAGAGACAUAACAGAGAUCCCAUUGCUUAAAAGAGGGGAUCUAUCUAGAUGUGAUGACACCACCAACUGAAAUAGUAUAUUCACAU